AUGGAAGCAUGUCAGGCUUGGAUCGGUGGCAUUGCCGACGUCGCCACCAUCUCCAGCUUCAUCGUUAGCCUGUCCAUGUCUUGGCGAGUAUUUCAACGCAGAAACUCGUCCGGCGUCGAGUUCUUUCCAGUGGCGGCGACGACCGUUUGCCUGCAGGCCUGGAUACUCUACGGCGGCGCCACCGGCGACUCGCACGUGAUGUGGGUGAACUCUUUGGGUUUCGUCGUGAUGAUUUUCAACGCCGUCGUGCACCGCACCUUCUCUUCCCGUACGGGACCCGGCUUGUACCUGGCGGUGACGCUCGUGCUUUUUGGGACUGUGUCACUCGCGUCAUCCGCGCAGUGGUUGGGUCGUAUCGCGGCCGCUUGCGCAGUGGUCUGCAACUUGUCGCCGGUCCGCCGCAUCAAGGAGAAGAAACCGCUUCCGGAAAUCGCUGCCAUGACGCUGGUCACCUGCGGACUCUGGACGGCAUACGGAGCGCUCGUCGGGAGUUGGCCGCUGAUGGCGAGCAACGGGCUCGGCGCUUUGGUCGCCGCUGUCGAACUUGCCGCGUAUCUCCGGAUGUGGCGCAGUUGCGUUGCCGCCAUGGACGCCAAACUUAUACUGACACGCGUACCUGGG